AAGCUCAGCUAGCUAGCUAAUUUAACAGCAACAAACACAGCAGCCGAGUCGCGAGUCUGGAGCUUUCGCCAAACGCAAACUCAAUAUCCAAGGCUAAAAUGGCCUCUUUAGGAGAACCUGUGCGUCUGGAAAGAGACAUAUCUCGUGCCAUUGAGCUGCUGGACAAACUCCAGAGAACAGGGGAAGUGCCUCCCCAGAAGCUGCAGGCACUGCAGAGGGUUUUGCAGAGUGAGUUCUGCAAUGCCGUACGGGAGGUAUAUGAGCAUGUGUAUGAGACAGUGGACAUAAAUAGCAGCCCAGAGGUGAGGGCGAAUGCAACAGCAAAGGCUACAGUGGCUGCAUUUGCAGCCAGUGAGGGUCAUUCUCAUCCACGCGUGGUAGAGCUCCCUAAAACAGAGGAAGGACUGGGGUUCAACAUCAUGGGUGGGAAGGAACAAAACUCACCCAUCUACAUCUCUCGCAUCAUUCCUGGAGGCAUCGCCGAUCGGCACGGCGUCCUGAAGAGAGGAGAUCAGCUGCUGUCUGUUAAUGGAGUGAGUGUAGAAGGAGAGCACCAUGAGAAAGCUGUGGAGCUGUUGAAGGCUGCUCAGGGUACAGUGAAGCUGGUGGUACGGUACACCCCUAAGGUUCUCGAAGAGAUGGAGUCGCGCUUUGAGAAGUUGAGGUCUGCCAAACGCCGGCAACAGAACAACUACCCCCAGUAGGGCGUCUCGCCUGAGCCCUCCACCCCUCCCAUCUCUCCUUCCCUCUCUCUCACUUUCUCUGUCAUUGUCUUUAAUUCUUCUGCCAUCUGUCUUCCUCGUUCACACUCGCUCACCCCCUUUCUCCAGUCAGGGAUUAGCCACAUGUUUGGCACUCCUUUUUGUGAAAAUUUUCUAAAUCCUCACCUCCUCAACAGUUUUUUAACAGUCUUUUCACACACUUCUUUCUCAUAGCAUGAACACUACUACAUUGGCUCUGGAUGUUGUCAUGUAGACAUCACACACACACACAUGCACUGUUGGUGCAUUACUAAGAAUGUACUGUCAUUUGGGAUGUUGAUUAGUUAGAUAUGCAAGGGGACCAUUGCAAUGUUCAACUCCUGAGGUCAUCUGAAUGAAAAUGUCAAAAAAGUGCCUCAAGAGAUUUACAAAAAAGCCCCCACUACAUCCCAUCGUAGGCUGUGUUUUAUGGUCCAAGCACAAAAUGAGAGAACACUACCACCAUGUUAAAAUGCAAAAUGACUGUAAGAUUCAUUGUGUAUCAUUGAAUGAAAGGUUUAUGAUGUUUAUUAUGUUUGCCCACAGAAAAAGGAAAAGUUCACCAGAAAUGUUAAAAUCUCAUUUUGAGUCUCCAGAGAGAUAAAUGGCAGAGCGCUGACACAAGCAUCCCAUCAGUCCUGCUGUUUCAAACACAAAUAUGUCAGCUGUAAAUAUACUCUUAUACAAAAAAUGUCCGUCCGAUAUCGCUAACUGAUUGACUCUUCACAUCAUGUUUACAGUACAAACUGACACCAUUUUUUCUUUCAUGAAUGUGUGCACAGAGAAAAAUGCUGUGAAAAUCUCAUCAGCUCUGUUGAGUUCAAUAUCAACCUGUAUCAACAAGAAUAUUAAACUAUUUGGGUUUGUUUAGUCUUUUAGAGCCACAGAACAUGUUACAUAUGCUCCCGAUUACUCCAUUUAAACAGUCUGCAUUUGAUUGAAUAUGUGAAUGGAGUGUUUAUGAAUUGUUCAACCAAACAGCAGUUCAGAGGAGAUGCUUGUGGCACCGUUUGAGUGUUAGAUAAAUAGAAAUAUGCCCCUUAAAGCACACAGAAACACAAUGAAGCAGUCACUGGCUCUUAUUCAGGCUUGUGUUCCAUAUUUUUGUUUGUAGAAUUUAAGAUUUUAAUUUAAAUCCUCACAGCAAAACCCCUAAAUUUAAAAGCGUAGGGGGAAUUUUGUUUUUUAUCUUCUGUUGUUUCAAAACGCUUUCUGAAUGUUAAUGUGGCACUUGCAUUUCAGUCAGCUGUGGGUCCAUAUGUUACACCCAGUUCACACUGAUCAUUACAACGAUCUGCAUCAUGUUUCAGAAUCAGUUCACUUAAAUGGUUAUAUUAGCAUAUCAUGAGGUAGCAGCUGAGCAUAAUGCUAGCAAAACAGCAAUGAAUGCAUAAACGAAUGUCAAAGAACACCGACCUUAUUCACUAUUCAUUAUAUGAGACCUGUCUAAAUGAAGUUCAAGUGAAAUUUUUAUUAAUUGGUGCUGUCGUUUUCAUUUUCUUUCAUUUAUUUUGUCCUAUUUUUUUUCCAGAUUCCUUUUUUGAUCAAUCAUUUCUCAGUAAUUAAUUUAUACAUAUCAAUGUCUACAGGGAAAGAGAUGCAGAUCUGGA